UGUCUCCAACUAAAAUAUACGCCAAAAAAUGAAAAACCAUAUUCAACGAAUACAAAAACAAAACGUAUAGUUGUUGGAAAUGGCAGCCAAAUUCCGCAUUGCCUCUUCUUCGUUUAGCCAAAGGGCUAAUGAUUCCACAACCUCAUCAUCUUCUUCAUAUUCAUCAUUGCUUGCUUUGCCUCAAUUCCUCUGUCCACAAUCACCAUUAAGAUUCCCACAGUUCAAGCUUCACGCCAAAUUAGGUGGAGGAGAUGGAGAAGUGAAGCCUAAGGAUAAGAAGAAGUUCAUAACCAAAGAGGAAGAACCAGAACAGUAUUGGCAAAGCGUUGGAGAAAGAGAAGGAGAGAAUCCGAUGAAGACGCCUCUCCCUUACAUUAUCAUCUUCGGUAUGUCAACGCCAUUCGUCAUCUUAGCCAUUGCUUUCGCCAAUGGUUGGAUCAAAGUUCCCAUUCGUUGAGCCUUUCUUUUUUGCUUCUUCUUCUUCACUUGUUUAAGGCUGAAUCUUAAACAUGUUUCUUAUACUCUUCUUCUUCGGCUGUAAUUAAAGAACAAAGUAAUAGAGUGCUAUCAUUAUAUGACAUGGUGCUCUGCUAUAUAUUUUUUUUCUUCCA